CACACCCAUUGCUUUGAGGACGGCCAUUUUGGAUUGUGUCGGUUAGCUUGUGUGUACUGCUAUUCAACCGCCGGUAGCCAAGAUUUUGAGACACCGUACCGGACGGAAUCGGAGAUAUCUCGUACUUUAUUAUACCGUGGACGACAGUAAACAACCGCCAAGAUGCCGAAACCUGUAAAUGUUCGUGUCACCACCAUGGACGCUGAGUUGGAGUUUGCCAUUCAGCCCAACACAACUGGCAAGCAGCUCUUUGAUCAGGUCGUUAAAACAAUAGGGGUACGUGAAAUCUGGUACUUUGGUCUGCAAUAUAUAGAUAGCAAAGGUUAUUCAACGUGGCUGAAACUCAACAAAAAGGUACUGAGUCAAGAUGUACGAAAAGAAUCACCAUUACAGUUUAAAUUCAGGGCUAAAUUCUAUCCAGAAGACGUAGCAGAAGAACUCAUCCAAGAAGUAACAAAGCGUUUGUUCUUUCUUCAAAUUAAAGAAUCAAUUUUAUCAGAUGAAAUAUAUUGCCCACCGGAGACCUCGGUAUUGUUGGGCUCGUACGCUGUACAAGCCAAGUAUGGAGACCAUAAUUCAGAAUCACAAAAAACAGGUUUUCUAUCCAACGAUCGACUAUUACCUCAAAGAGUAAUAGACCAGCACAAGUUGAGCAAAGAACAAUGGGAGGAAAGAAUAACCAACUGGUAUGCUGAACACAAGGGGAUGCCCAGGGAUGAUGCAAUGUUAGAAUAUCUGAAAAUUGCACAAGAUUUGGAAAUGUAUGGCGUGAAUUAUUUUGAAAUCAAGAACAAAAAAGGCACAGAUUUAUUCUUAGGAGUGGAUGCUCUAGGUCUUAACAUAUAUGAGCAUGAUGAUAAACUGACGCCCAAGAUUGGAUUCCCAUGGAGUGAGAUUAGGAACAUCUCUUUCAAUGACAAGAAAUUUGUUAUCAAGCCAAUUGACAAGAAAGCACCGGACUUUGUAUUCUAUGCACCAAGGCUACGAAUUAACAAGCGUAUUUUGGCAUUAUGUAUGGGAAACCAUGAGUUGUACAUGAGGAGACGUAAACCAGAUACGAUUGAAGUACAACAAAUGAAAGCACAGGCACGUGAAGAGAAAUUGGCCAAGCAAUUGGAAAGGGCACAACUACAGCGAGAGAGGGCAGCGAGAGAGGAAGCUGAGAGGCAAGCUAAAGAUUUACAAGACAAACUUAAAAAUUUUGAAGAAACCUCCAAGAAAGCACAAGAAGAACUGGAAAGUGCUCAGCUUAAGCAGAGAGAAUUGGAAGAAAAGAGGAGGAAGGCUGAGAAUGAGUCGCUGGAACUGGAAAAAAAACGACAGGAAGCUGAACUCGAGAAGGCACGAGCCGAGGCAUUGGCCAAACAAGAACAGCAAGAAAAAUUUGCUAUUGAAGCCGAUCGGCGAGAACGUGAAGAACAAAUGCGCAUAUUAGAAGAGCAAGCCGCCCAAAAGGCCAGAGAAGCCGAAGAAUUGCAACGAGAGUUGGAACGUGCUACAGAGGAGUCUGAGAAGCAGAGACUUGCGUACCAAGAAGCCCUGGCCACACCAACUGUCUUACAUGUCAGUGCUCAGCAUGAAGAAGAAGAAUCAGAAGAACAAUUAGAAUAUGCCGGAGAUGAUUUGGUCACUGAAAAUGAUAUUGCCCAGCUAGAGGAAGAGAGAGAGCGCGUUACACAGGCAGAGAAAGAUGAUCGCAUGAAGGCUCAACUGAAGGAACUUAGCAGUGAACUGAGUCAGGUUAAAGAGGAUGACAAGUCAACUCAUAUGGACAGACUUCAUCAGGAGAACGUCAAAGCAGGACGUGAUAAAUACAAGACAUUGAAACAGAUCCGUUUGGGUAACACUAAACAGAGAAUUGAUGAAUUUGAAGCCAUGUAGUUGUACCUAAUAUAUUCCCUUGGCAACUGUAGUGUAGUUAAAAUAAAAUUCCGUCUUUUCAUCACAAGAUGGAGAUAAAUGAACUAUAGUUGAUUGGAACACCGGAUCAAUUAAUUGAUGUGCACAUAAGUACUGGUUCCUCUUUAAUGCGAGAGUUUUCACACCGACAGUUUUGCCAGACAAAAGGACAAAAUCGAUCAUGGUGCGACCUGCCUUGCCUUGGAUUCAAAGUGCAUGAGACUUUUGUUUAUUUUUUCUUCAAUCAAUAGAGUUCAAACCUUUAUAGUAAUUUUCACUUGGAAAUGAGUAAAUCAUGAAAUUGUAUAGUUUUCCAAUUGCUAGAAAUCAAGAUAUAGUACAGAUUGGAAUUAGUGUGGUAACAUUCUUUUAAUGACCCUCUUCUGUUAACUGUCACGACUUUACUUCAUCUUGAUUCAUAGAGCAAUAUAAUCCACAGGGCAGUGUUGUCAUGGUUACUCUGCAUAACUAUUGCAUAACGUCUUGUCAUCGCAGUACAGUAGACUCACCCUGGUAUGUUUGAGUGUGCCACGUCAACAAAUACAGUUAAAAUGCAGUUUGUUAACUUGAAAUCUCAGCUAAUGCUGCAUGGUGGACCGUUUACUUUAAUCUUGUUCGUAUAGCAGAUGGCAUUCUGGCAGUCAACCUCAUUUAAUAAGUCACUCACAAUCUUGUUUUUUUAUAACAAAACAUAAAAUAUAGCAACAUUAUUAGUUCUUGAAUGCCACCUUUUAUAUGAAGUUGGAAAUUCGCAAGUCUUUGCAUUUCAGAGGAACUGUAUUAUAACAAGAAACCAAACAUUGUAUAUUCCAUACUUUUAGUAAUAGCAUGAUAUCAGCCCUAUAUUUGGGACAUUUUGUGUGCAUAUUAGGAUACUUGUGUAAUAAUAAAUAAUGUGGUGUUCAGUUUAAUUGCUUUAUAGGGAGCGUAUCUGCACUGGAACAGAAAUUUAUUCAAGAUUUAUAAAUUUUGCUACUAAAAAUGCCAACUGCUCUUUAAAAUAACUGAGAAAACGUUGUAUGCAAAAUAAAAAUAACAAAAAAAAUAUUAAAUUGAGAUCAUUAAAAAAAAAGCAUUAUCCAUUUUUUUUUUCAUUUUCGAAGUUACAGUAGCUUAACUAAUUUUUUUGAUAUUAAAAAGCAAUUUAUAGUUGUGCUAUGUGUAUAAAUUUAGGCAGGAUGCUUUUUUGUUUCAUCAUUGCUAACGAUGUUUCUUGUAUUUGGGACAAAUUAAAAAAAAAAGGUGCUAUAUUAAAAGGUCUUUUCAGAUGUAAUUGCUGAUAUUAAUGAUGCAAUGUGGACAAAAACAUGCAUUUUAUAAUAUCAGAGUUUUUUGUUGAUGAAUACUUAAUCACGCUCCUGUAGCACACAUGAGUAUUCAUUCAAUUUAUCAAUGACAUCUUUGACUACGCAUAUGCGCCUGUUAUUUAUAUACGUAACAAUCACUGCAUAUGCAUUGUUAAUUUAUCAUCUAUUCUGUAAACACAACAUAUCUAGUUUAGAUGAAUCUUAAUCUUACUUGGUCCACAGUAUGGAAUGUCGAACAACAAUAUUUAAAAAAAAAAUGUUUUUAAACGUAUUGCAUCGUUAAAACUUGGAUUCGUAAAUAUUUAACAGUUAAGGAGCCACUAUGGGUUGCCAUUGUUUACCUUUUCAGAUACAUGUAAAUAUGCAGUACUAUAGUUUUUCAGCUAAACAUCCAUUUCACACGCAUAGCAGUGUUAAAGUAAAUUAUUAUAUGCUGAGCACCAAAAACAAUAGAAAUAGAAUCCUGUAAAGUUGUAUGAGCCCUUGUUUGAACUUGUAUCGGGUAAAUUACAUCACCAACAUUUAAAGUUAUCAACAUUGCAUUCAGACAUUGUCAUUUGUUUAACCCUUAUCCCUGCCAGCCACCCCCCCCCCUUUUUUUUUACAUUGACUUGACCGGAUAAGGGUUAAAUUGGACACAAGUGCUAUAGCGCAACGAAAUAGUCCUGUCACUGUUUGCAGUGCAUAACAUUUUUUUGGCAUUUCAUUAACUUAUUACUACUAGCAGGGGAAAAGAUGUAAAAUAUUGCAAAAUAUGCACUUGCGCAGUACCUGGUUGCUUCAACCUUGCUGUCAGUCAGUACGAUCAUCUUACAGCUUUCGGGCACAUUUUGCGAUAUUGUAAUAUUUUCAUAUUAUUUUCACUACUGCAGCUAAUAUGAUAUUGGUUUUAUUCUGGUACAGUACCAUCAGCGGCUGCAGCUUGCUUGUUUUUCUGACUUCCCUGCUAUUCCCCACUUUUGUUUUAGUUUUGCCUCCCACCGUAAUGUUCUGAGUUUCCAAAAAAAGGUUGUCAUUUCUGAAAUUUUUUAAAAUGUGGUUGUGUAUAAAACUAAACAAAAAGUCAGUUAAAGUGAAAUUAUUGUGGCAGUAAAACUUUCACUGGGACCUUAAACUUGCGACUUUUGUGUAAUUUUGAAAUUCCUUGCAGAGACAAUUAAACGGAUUACAUAUAUUCUAUAGUUAAAAAACUGAAGGAAAACCUUCAGUUUAACAAUGCCUGAUAUGUUUUUGUUCUAAUUUUGGAUUCCAGAAUUGACCAUUUACUAUUAGUGCAUAUAGUACUGUACACAGAUUAAUAAUUAAAUUAAAACCCAGUGUUUUCCCCUCAGUCCACGAUUUUGCAGAAACUAAGUUAGCAGUCACAACUCAAGCUUAUAACUGAACCCUCGGAUAAUGAAUGUAAUGUAUAAAACCAAACUAUACAACAAAUUUAAAAAUGAACUUCAUCCUUAUUUUGUGAUUCUAUUUUCCAUUGUUCAUUUUAGUGUCAAUUAUUUACUCUACCUUUCAUUUUCUUUCAAUAGUCAGUUUUAUUUAGAGAUUGUUAAAUAUUUCAGCAUUUUUGUGGGGUUAUUGCAAGAAUGCAUUCAAUGUUUAAAAUUAGAAAACACUACAUGUAAUUUUAUAAACAUGUAAUCGCUAAAAUCAUUUUAUGACCAUAUUUGGUAAAAAUGGUACUGACCUGUGCUCUGAAAUAUAUUAUUCAUACUUGCUGUAUGUUUUUUCUGUAUAUUCGCAAGCAUAUGAACCUAGAGCUUUUGAACAUCGAUUAUGUGAACCAAAUCUGUAUCAGACACAUGUAUGACAGUAUAAAUAUUUACCUAUCUCUUUGUUAUAAAUUAUACUUCACACGAAAUUAAGUUCACUCAUAAGAUGUUUGUGAUUAAUUCCUAGUGAUCUUUGAAGGUAAAAAUAUUUAAACUGAAAAAUAGCUGAAUUGCUUCAUGAAAUUAGAUUAAAGCCAAAAAACAAAUCAUCCUCGAGAGUGAAUGUACAUUACAAAAGUAUAUCUUGAAAUGUUAUUUGUGUACCCACUUUGAAACUGCUGGUAAAUACAAUGAAAUUAGUGUUCCACAA